GAUUUUACUAGCAUAUGGGGCAGACCCCAAUGUCAUUCCCAAAGAUAUGUGGGUCAGGUACCUAGACGUACCUUCGCGAACCCCCCCAGCCCAUUAUUCACAGAUCCCCGAAACUGCGUGGUGCAGCGAAGCCAGACGGUUCCAACUCGCGGAUUCAAUGAAUUUGACGCACCGGUACUUCCUGAACAGAGCGAAUCGAAUAGCAUAUACCCCCGUUAAAAGGGAGCAGAUCGCUAAAGCCGAAGGUAUCACUCGCCUCCUUCGUGUUCCGUACUAUAUUCUUGGCCAGAUUCCAGCAGCCAAGCUUGUUACUGUCAAGGUUCUCGCCCAUAUCGCAAUGAAAAUGAAGGAAACGGAUACGUCUUACGUGAUGGCAUUUGCCGGUCCAUCCGGACAUGGGAAGACCGAGCUGGCGAAACAAAUGGGAUCUCUCCUGUCCGUUGAGACGACACUCAUUGAUACAGCCUAGAUGAGAGGGGACUGGGACCUGUUUGGAACUCGAAACGGUUACAUUGGCUCAGAAGGAGGAUCAUCUCUCAACAACUUCCUUGCUAGCAACAGUGGGCAGAGAAGCGUAGUGUUCUUGGACGAGUUUGACAAAACUGCACAAGAAGUUCGUACUUCGCUCCUUACGGUCUGCGAAUCAGGUAAGU